CAAGAACUGUGGCCGCGCAAAUUCUGGGAACAAACAAUCGAUGGCAGACCCAGCAUUGAGAAUCCUCCGCCGUUGCAAUCCACGCCAGAGUCAGCGCAUCUAUCUGAUUGCUGCAUUCGCUUACGUGAUCGACCUCUGUUGUUCUAAAAAAUACCUGCGUCAACGCAGCCCCAUGACUAGCCCUCUGCCGCAGACUUGAAGUUGAGCCGAAACUUCGCGGGAACUUUCCCGGUCUGCCAGCGGCAGAUUCUUGCAGAGUCUGGCUGCGUCCCUCGCGAAGUCAGGGAAUACUCAGAACGGUACCUGCGACCAGUCUCUACGGGGGAAGGAGAGCAACUUGGGACAUCAGGUUAAAUCAUUUAUCGGCCAUGGAGAGCACCCCAACGAGGCUGGAUGAGGCCCUCAGCCUUGAGGCAGCCACAGCGGCGGAGGGUGAAGCAUCGCCCCAGCGUUCGCAUGGAAAGAAACGUCCUGUGUCGGAAACCGAGUUACCUGGCGACACGGAUGUUACGGACAGCCCGAAGGAACGGGAGCCUGGUGCGAAUGCAGACGUUCCAUCCCCAAAGAGGCGGAAGGGGCGCGGGUCUCCCGAAGAAGUCGAGGUAUCCUCGAUACCACAGACGGAUCUGCCUGCAGCUCAAGCUCCUCCAAACGCUCACAGCGGGUGGAAUCGCGGCGUCAGCAGCGGCCUGCGGACGUCGUUCGCUGCCAAGGACAAACUGGGCAAGCCGACAUCACAGCAGGCGUCUAAAUCGCCCGUGCAACCACCGGCUGAGUCGAUAGACAUCGACAGCUUGGUCAUGCCCUCCAGAGAUGUGGACUGGAUCUCGAACUCCGGCCCUGGCGAUAUCUGGCAGACUAUAUUUACCAAAUGGUGUGCCCGACUGAUGGCCUUGAACAAGGACCAGGAGGGACUCAAGGAUGCAGGUCUGUUGAGAGAGGCCUGGGGUUUGUGGCUCGAGUCCUGUGUCUCGCUUCCACGUGCACGACGGGCUGCUGGCGAGCGCGCUGCAGAGGAGACGGAUCUCGACUCUGGGAAACUCGACGACAUGUUCUCCGAGGCUCAAGAAAAUGACCCGCAAGGACCGUGGCUUACAUCCCCAGACGAAAGCGGGCAGCUUGGGGGUACUCAGGCCGGGCAACAACACAAUGGACAACCAGAAAGCGGCAAAUCAACACCUAAGGAGGACCAAAUACUUGACUGGACCCUGCCACCGCCUAUGCCUGCUUCGCAGUUUGAAGUCGCCCAGAAAAAUGAGCGCGGCUGGGAGGAGCGAUUUCUGGCAUGGUGUAAGUCACUUGGCCAGCUCAAUGAGGGCAGAAUCAAGGCCAACACGACCCGGGAGCGGAAUCGGCUGGCCGAGUCAUAUCUGAGAUGGGUUGGGACAAUUGACGGAUUGAAGAGAAGCAAGAUGGCGGCUGCUAGGCGCGCCGCGAUCCAUUACGCACAAGACCACAGCGCCGUAGUGGCCGCGAUGUUUGCCCACCCUCCACCCGCCGGGGCGCCACAGACGGCAGAACCAACGUCACUGCCGCAGGAGGAUGCCGCCCCUUCUCCCAUUGUCGCCGUCUCCGAUGGGCCAGACGAUGGUAGCGCCGGCGUUCUUAUUAAUGCGGGGGAUGCAGAGUACCGACAAAGAUACUUUCCGGGAGUCGGGCCCAGCGAGGCAUUCUGCCACAUGUGCGCGUCGCGCGACCACGACGCGGUUGACUGUCUGGAGGUGACGUGCCGCUUUUGCAGCGACCGCGACCAUCGAUCAUUUAGCUGCCCGACGCGUCGACGGUGCACAAAAUGCAGGCAGCUUGGCCACACCAUGGACGGCUGCACCGAGAAACUGGCACUGCCGCGGGAGGAGAUGGAGUGCGCAUUCUGUCAAUCACGCGAUCACGCCGACGCGGCCUGCCACGAGCUUUGGAGGAGCUUUCUGUUCAACCCCGACACUGCUCGCAAGGUCCGUUCGCUCCCAAUAUUCUGCUACUGCUGCGGCCGCGAGGAACAUUACGGGCCCGUCUGUGGGCUAAACCCGCACAGCACGAAGGGCGAAAGCCCAUGGGAGACUUGGAGUCAAACCAACUGCGACCGGUACCUGGACCCGGCGUCAUCUGAGACGGCCAUCGCUUUCGUGACUUCAGCCGGGUCGACCGUCUCUUCGGGACGGCCUGACCUCGGCAAGAGCAUUGUACCCCGAAGGCAUAUCUUCUUCGAGGACGGGAGCGACGACGACGAUGCCGAAGACUUCAUCCGGCCGCCCGUGCAGAAUAGCAGUGCACGGGCUGGACGCAUUAGCUUUGCCGGCAACAACAAUGCGGGAGGGGCGGCUCGUGGCGGGAGGCAACAACCCAGUAAGCAAUACAAUGUUGGGAAGGGGAGAACGGGAUAUGCGUCGCAAUCGCCGCUCCCUCCGGGGCCCCCUCCUCCCUUGCCGCGGCAGGGUUACCAGGAAAAUAGAAAUGGCGGUCGGCGAAGGGGUGGGGGAGGAAGAUACUAGACCUGGACUCGGCUGAGGGGUCGGCCUGCUUUCCGGCGUCGACGGAGUUGAACCUCCCAGAUCUCUCGCCUUUCCCUCUUGUUUGAUAUACACAGUAUGGAGAUGUACAAGUAUGUAGUGUUGCCGCAAGGGGACAGAAGAGAGUGGUACAGAGUGCCAUAUCCGUAUGGACAGAGCGAUGAUCAGAACUGCGCUCAAUCACAGCCAGCGAAAGCAAUUGUUGUGCCCAAUCAGAUGCGCGAUGUUUACCUCUGAUUAUCGUUCAAACCGUCGGGAUGCGCCAUUUCCAGGGGCAAUUCCCUUUUCGGUAGGUGUCAUCGUACAUGGGUUCUGGGCCUGUCAAUGGCGGUGAGGAAGCGAGG